GUGUCUUGAUCUGUGUGUGUGGAGGCAGUAGCAGCUGGACUGCUCUUGGCCCUGCUGCUCUUUCUCAGUGGCUCUAGACGCUGUGUGAGUAGUCUGUCCAGCUCAACUCCGGUAGGAGUCAGUCAAUGUGUAUAGGAGGAGUUACAGUGCAGGGCAGUUUCUGUGAAGGUGUCAUCAAGACCAGUGCUGUUUUCUUUCUGCAGCAGGUAUAGCAGACAGAGUCAUGCUGAAAGGGGGCAUGGCCAAGGCAGUGCUGCCCAAGCCAGGGCUCCAGGAGAGGGCCAAGCAAGCCUCCCUCGCCCCCUCUACCACCACCUCCACCACAGCUACAGGCAUCAAAACCUCCAGAUCCUCCAACACCCUGGCCACAGACCUGCGCCUUAGCAGGCUGAAGAGGGCCAGUAGUGAUGACACACUGGCUAAGCCUGCCCUGGGGGCAGCAGCCACAGGCUCACGCAUGAAGAAGACUGUCACUGCAGGGGCCAUCUCUGACCUGGCCGAAGGAAGACCUCGCAGCCUCUCAGGCGUCCAAUCAGGAUCCAGGAAGUCUGGUAUCCCUGCCCCCAGGGAGAAUCCCCCCACCAUGACCAGGGACCGUGUGUCGCUGAGGGACCAGCUGCGGACCUCCACGACCAAGAAGAUGGUCCCCAGCGCCAGCACCUCCAGCCUGGCCACCCUGGCAGCCAAGCACCAGCGUGGCUCCACCACCACAAAGCCGAGGGACGCCGAGAGCUCGGAGAGAGGCUUCCUGGAGUGCCAGGUGAAGGAGCUUCUGGCCGAAGCCAAGGCCAAGGAGUUUGAGAUCAGCAAGCUGAGGAUAGAGCUGCAGCGCUGCCGGGGUAAAGCCUCGUUGUCUUCAUCCCCCUCGCCUCACAACACUCCCUCCACCCCACCUGAGGGUGCCCCCGAUCAGGGCCAAGGUCUAUCCCAGCAGGCCACAGAUGCCCAGGCCCUGGUGGGGGAGCUGAGGGAGAAGAACGGGAAGUUCCAGAGGGAGCUGGCGGCUCUGAGGGAGGAGAACCAGGCCCUGAAGGAGAAGCUUUUCUCCCUGGAAACUUCUCCUGCCUCUCCUAUGUCCAACAACACUACCACCACCACCAGCCCCUCCAAGCCCUCCGUCAACGGCCUCCCCUCAGACAACAACACUAGUCCCCCAGCCAAGUCACCCACACCCAGCCCGCUCAAAACCUCAGUUUCCUCCGGGAGUGACAUCACCAAGGGCUCGCCCUCGCCGGACUCCUCAGAGUUUGAGAAGAUCCCGUCGCAGUCUGACUCAGUGAGCAGCAGUGGUGUAGGGGUGGGGAAGGGUCCGGGUCGCGACCCCUCAGUGGAGAGCCUGACGGAGCUGAUCCAGAAGAUGGAGGAAAGUCAGCACAGCACGGCAGAGGAGCUCCAGGCAACACUACAGGAGCUGGCCGACCAACAGCAGGUGGUCCAGGAGCUGACGGCUGAGAAUGAGCGCCUGGCCGAGGAGAAGGGCCUCCUACAGACGUCGCUGCAGCAGCAGAGGGAGAGGGUAGAGUUGCUGGCCCAGAAGAAUGAGGCCCUGGCCGGGAAGCUGCAGGAGGUGGCCCAGGUCCAGAGCGGGGACGAGUCCCGGGCGGCUGAGCUGGAGCAGCGCUACACUGACCUGGUGGAUAGCUCGCACUUUGAGAGGGAGAAGCUGGUGGACAUCCAGCAGCAGCUGACGGGGAGCCUGAGGACCCUGGAAGAGGAGCACCAGGAAACCCAGGGGCAGGUGAGGUCCCUCAGGGAGGAGAGGGAUGACCUCCAGGGCCGGCUGGAGAAGGAGAUGGAGGCCGGGGGUGAGAUGGCACGGGCGGCUGAGGAACACAGGGCUGCAAUGGAUGCCCUGAGGGUGGAGAACGGACGGCUCAAAGCCCUGGUGGACCUAGAGAGACAGAAGGUUGGGGAGCUGAAGGCCAUGCAGAGUGCUGGGGACAGCACAGAGCUGCAGAGGCUGCUGAAGGCGGCCCAUUCUGAGAGAGACAGACUGGAGGGGGAGGUAACAGAGCUACGGCAGGAGCUGCUACAGGCCCAGACUGACACUGAACACGCACAGGGACUGCUGUCCAAGGCUGAGGCUGAGUGCAAGCAGGUGGCAGAGCGAGCCUUAAGGCUUGAGGAAACGCUGAGUGGCCAGGUCAGUGCCCUGGAGAAGGGGGGGCAGCAGGCCGACGGCCAAAUCAAGGACCUGAAGGAGACCAUCUUUGAGCUGGAGGACCAGGUGGAGCAGCAGAGAGCCGUCCACCUCCACACCAACCAGACCAUCCUGGACCUAGAGAACCAACUCAAGAAGCUGGAGGAGCAGAAGUCGGAAGUGGAGAGGCAGCUGAAGAUCUUGAGUAAACAGAUGAAGGAUGAGACGGAGGAGUGGCGGCGGUUCCAGGCAGACCUCCAGACAGCCGUGGUGGUGGCCAACGACAUCAAGGUAGAGGCCCAGCAGGAGAUCCGCUCUCUGAGGAGGAGGUUACAGGAGGAGCAGGGGCGCAGCGCCAAGCUCUCAUCAGACCUGGAGCAGCAGAAGGGAGUCAAGUCGUUGCGUGAUGACUCUGAGAGUUUCUCAGAUGCAGAUGGUAGUCCUCACUGGUGUGGCAUCUCCAUGACCCAGACCACCCAGACCCAGUCCACCUCCUCGCCCAUCAACCCCAACGGCAACGCUGCCUCCUCCCCCUCGGAGCCCGGAGCCACCGUCAAAUCCCUCAUCAAGUCCUUUGACACAGCUGUACAGAAUGGACCUGGUCCUGGACACACGGUACAGAUGCACUCCUCACCUAGAAGCCCUUUGAGUGGGAUCCCUGUCCGCACAGCACCCGCAGUUGCUGUCUCCCCCAUCCAGAGGCAUUCGUCUAUCAAACCGCUCUCAAAGACACUGGAGAAAAGGAUUAACCAUGGAGAUUUUUCUCAUUCAGAUAAGUAUGGGGGCUCUGGGGAUGAGCUGAAGCCCAGCAGCCUUAUGAGGAAGAGUCCUUCCCUGGAGUCAGUCAUCAAAUCCCCAGCAACCUUCAGCAGCCGCAGCCACUCCAUGAGCUACAACAAGAACAACAGCAAGCUCAGUGUGGAAAGAAAGGACCCCUUGGCUGCGCUGGCGCGGGAGUAUGGGGGAUCUAAGAGGAACGCUCUACUGAAGUGGUGCCAGAAGAAAACAGAAGGCUAUCCGAACAUUGAUGUGACAAACUUCAGCAGCAGCUGGAGUGAUGGCCUGGCAUUCUGUGCUCUCCUCCACACCUACCUGCCCGCACACAUCCCUUACCAGGAACUCAUCAGUCAAGACAAGGGCCGGAAUCUGUCCCUGGCGUUUCAGGCUGCAGAGAGCAUCGGCAUCAAACCCUCCCUGGACAUUGAUGAGUUGAUGCACACGGACAGACCGGACUGGCAGAGUGUCAUGCAGUACGUUUCUCAGAUCUACAAGUACUUUGAGACUUGACCAGAGAACAGGGGGCGGAGGAGGAGGAAGAAAGGAUGCACCACAGCACUUUCUGUACAGUCCAUGUCCCCUUCUCUCAACAUGGAACCCUAGAACCCUUAUUCCUCAAACACACUGACUGAACACCCUCAACUGACCCACACAUGCUCCUCAACACUAAAACUUUGAACUUGCUUGGAGUUACUGUCUUUCUAACUCCUACGUACAUAAUGGUACAAUCGGCACUUUGUGUUAGAAUGCUGAGAUCUGUGACUGCAAAUAAGAAGUAUAAAACCUUGUUGUUAGCCCUUACAUGGAAAGACAUGAUGCAAUUAUGUUUUAUUGUUUAUGUUGAAGUCCAAUGAUUAUUUAGAAAUUAUACUUUAAAGGGAUAGUUCACCCAAAUUACAAAAUUACAUAUUGGUUUCCUUAUCCUGUAAGCAGUCUAUGGACAAGGUAUGACAGCAAUCCAUGCAUUGGUUUAGUUUUCUUGAUACUGUUUCCAAAUGCUUAUGUUUCAGCAUUUGUGGCACAAAUCCCAUUCAAGUCAUGGUACCGAUAUUAGCAUUGUUCGCACAUGUCCAAAUUAUCCGAAAGUAUCUAAAAAGGGAUUAUGAGCUCAACAAAGUCACUUAUAGAUGAUUUAAACAUGAUUGGCGAAAAAAUGCUAAUACCAUGACUUGAAUGGGAUUUGUGCCACACAUGCUAAAACAUUAUCAUUUGGAAACAGGGAAACUAAACCAAAGCAUGGAUUCCUGUCAUACCGUCUCCAUAGACUACUUACUAAGGUUAUUGUGGUAAAUUAAAACAGAAAUUAAAACAAAAACAAAUCAUUAUAAAUGAUUGAGUAAACUGAAAUAAAAUAAUGAACAACCCGUUUGAAAAACUAAAACUAUACUGAAACUAUUAUCUUUGACUCCGUAAAACUAACUAAAAUAAAAUAAAACACAUUGAAUGAAACAUUGAAUGAAACCAUCACAACAAAAAUGUUAUGGAUUUUCAAUCCUUUGGGGGGUUUUCAAACAACUAGAAUUUCUGCUGACCCACCCCUCCCCAAAUCUAACAACACAACCGUAAAAUCUGAAAAUGUAUAUUUUUACAUCAACAAAUAACCUUCAAUUCAUUACAUUUUCAUCUCGCUCAUCAAAUGUUUUGAACCAAUAAAUACAUCCCCCGCGACGCCUCUAGGACUUGCGACCCCGAAUUUGAAUACCACUGGCUUACAGCGUAAAGAAACGAAUACAUCAUAUUGUAAUUUGGUGAAAUAUCCCUUUAAAGGAAGAGUUUGGUUUUACAUGAGAAGCCUAUCAAAUCAAAUUGACUGCUUUCCGUUUGUCCAAAAGAAACCAUUGCCUUUGUUUUUGUUUACGAGACAGACCCAAGUUGCCAUCUAUUGGCACUACAAUGAAUUGACAACACUACAUGUAGCUCUGAAUAAUAUUUUACAGUCACACUAUUUAAUGAAAAUGUGUUAUUAUUAAUAAGGAAUGUCUUCGCUGUUUAAGCACUGUGGGCCUGACUGACUGACUCAAUUAAACCAUUAUAUGGUGUCCUUUAGCAACUGUUGUUUUGGGGUUUUGCACAGCAAUAUGAUUUUGUCUCCAGCAAGCCUCUUUCAGCUGUAGCUAUCAUACUGGGGAUGGUCGAGGGAACAUCACUGCAAAAGGUGUUGAAACUAGGACAAUUACGAAGAUGUCAUCCAAAUGUACCAUGAGAGACAAUCCGUAAUGAACCAACAACCCUGAACGUUUAGCUUCCGUCAUAGUUCGCUUCUGAUAAAGGAAGUACUGCAGUACAGUAUUUAUUUAUAUAUGUGCUCAGAAAUGUGAGAAUGAUGCAGGAAAUGUACGGUUGAAGUCAGAUGUUCACAUACACUUAUGUUGGAGUCAUGUAAACUUGUUUUUCAACCACUCCACAAAUUUCUUGUUAACAAACUAUAGUUUUGGCAAGUCGGUUAGGACAUCUACUUUGUGCAUGACACAAGUAAUUUUUCCAACAAUU